UCAAGUUUGUUCCUUCUCAUAUUCACCCUAAAUUCCAACUUUUGCGAUUCCAUUUUCACCUCAUUCAUGGCUGGAAAUUGUUCCAGGAUUCCACUUCAUCUACUUUUAUCCCUUCUCCACCUAUAUAUAGGGGCUGAACAUCAACGCCUUUGGUUCGCGCUGCGAUCGUUUUGCUCAAGUGCCUGCGGGCUUCAUUUUGAUCAGCGCCGUCUGGCUUGCUAGUUCUUGCUGAUAUAAAAUGGGAAAUGAAUCGGGCCAAAGUAAUGGGCAAACUGAACCAGGUGUAGCAAUACGCAAUGGGAAAGAAAUUCUUCUUCAGGCCUUUAAUUGGGAGUCUCAUAAACAUGAUUGGUGGAGGAACUUAGAGCAAAAGAUUCCUGAUAUAGCAAAAUCUGGUUUUACAUCAGCUUGGUUGCCACCACCAACUCAUUCAUUUGCACAAGAAGGUUAUCUUCCCCAGAACCUUUAUUCCCUUAACUCUUCAUAUGGUUCUGAGAACCUGCUCAAAGCUUUACUGAACAAGAUGAAAACACACAAAGUAAGAGCAAUGGCUGAUAUAGUUAUAAAUCAUCGAGUUGGGACCACACAAGGGCAUGGUGGAAUGUACAACCGCUAUGAUGGAAUCCCAUUAUCAUGGGAUGAACGAGCUGUUACUUGCUGCACUGGAGGAAAGGGGAACAAAAGUACAGGGGAUAACUUUAACGGUGUCCCAAAUAUUGAUCAUACACAAGACUUUGUAAGGAAAGACAUUAAAGACUGGCUACGAUGGUUAAGGAAUAGUGUUGGGUUCCAGGAUUUUCGCUUCGAUUUCGCUAGAGGUUAUUCUCCAAAAUACGUGAAAGAAUACAUUGAGGGUGCAAAGCCGAUCUUUUCUGUUGGGGAAUAUUGGGAUUCUUGCAACUACAAAGGGACAUAUUUGGAGUACAAUCAAGAUAGCCACAGGCAAAGGAUUAUCAACUGGAUUGAUAGCACAGGACAACAAUCAGCUGCAUUUGACUUCACAACAAAGGGAAUUCUGCAGCAAGCUGUUAAAGGAGAACUCUGGCGCUUGCGUGAUCCUAAAGGGAAGCCUCCAGGUGUCAUGGGAUGGUGGCCUUCAAGGGCUGUCACAUUUCUAGAUAAUCAUGACACUGGUUCGACUCAGGCACAUUGGCCAUUUCCAUCGAAUCAUAUUAUGGAGGGUUAUGUGUACAUACUCACACAUCCAGGGAUACCUUCUGUAUUCUACGAUCAUUUCUAUGACUGGGGUAGUUCAUACCAUGACCAGAUUGUGAAGCUGAUUGAUAUUAGGAGAAAUCAAGGAAUAACCAGUCGGUCACCAAUAACAAUCCUAGAAGCACGGCCAAAUCUCUACGCUGCAAAUAUCGGGGAUAAGAUAGCCAUGAAGAUUGGAGAUGGAUCAUGGUCUCCUUCUGGAAAGGAAUGGACACUAGCAACUAGUGGUAACAGAUAUGCUGUCUGGAGGAAGUAGUUAUCGGGUUUUUCUAAGCCGUAAGCGAUGCUAAGAGAUGGGACUAAGUUCCCGCUUUGCCUUGUGUUCUCUCUUUCAUGACAUGAUGGUUUAGUCUUUACAUAUAUAGCACCAGCUUUGUCAAAAUAAGGCCUUCAUUGGCUAUUUAUUUUAUGCUGGAAAUAAAGAACAAGAUUGUCAUUA